GUCAGAGAGGAAGUAAGGACUGGUGUCAGGAGGGAGCUGCUAGGGGGCAAAGGGAAGAGCCCUCAGGAUGGGGCUGUGGGUGAUGAACAGUUCUCACGCUAUGAAGUCCGGUGUGCUCAUCUUUCUUGUGGCCCUACUGUGUGCAGAAAGCGCUCAGGGGCUGGAGUGCUACAAGUGCCCACCUGAGGGUUCCUGCAGUAUAACUACCUGCCCCUACCCUGAUGCAUUCUGCGUUACUCAGGAGAGAGAAGACUCUCAAAGAAAGAAAGAAAAGAUCCGUCAUUGCCUUUCCUACUGUCCUACUGAUUAUGAAGGUAUGCCCACCCAGGAUCCUAAUGUCACGAUGAAGACUUCCUGUUGCAAGGAAGAUCUCUGCAAUGCAGCCGUUCCCACUGGAGGCCGCACCUGGACCAUAGCAGGGGUGCUUCUGUUCAGCCUGGGCUCAGUCCUCCUGCAGACCUUGCUGUGAUGGUCCUCCCAACGACCCCACCCUUGUCCUUUUAUCUUUAUGUGAGGGGCUAGUGUGUGGAACACCUGUUUCAACUUUAUAGGCCCUGCUGCUGCUGAGUAGGUGCCCCACUCCCCCCUAGGCCUUUCAGGAAUGUUAUUUUGUUAUGACUUGCUAUUCUUGACCCUGAAGGCAUGUGGCCAGCACAUGGAAGAGGCAAAAUUCCAAGGUAUGAUGCCAUCACCAUCCACACAUAAGUAUUUGGAGUCCUGCUGGUUUCCCACCUGGGUUGCUAAUGUCUCCCUGUUGAGUCCAAUAAAUGCUUUGUUCUUUUAGCCUA